CUGUGAAGAAGAGAGAGGUGUGGCUUUGGCCGAAUUUUUUGGUUCAGAUAGGACGACCAGCUUGUCAGUAUUCACCAAUUUUUUUUUUUUUCUGUAGUGUGUUUGUAUAUCUGUCAAACAAGCUCAUAAUUGCCUUCCUUUUUUUUUCACAGCACACAUACAUACACAGAUAUAAAGAAUGAAGGAGCAAGUGAUUGACAACACACCCAAGAAAAUUCGUUACCUUCAGUUUGGGGUUUUAUCACCUCAAAACAUGGUAAAGAUUGCCGAAUUUGAGGUCACUCAGCGCGAUCUGUAUAAACCAGAGAGUCGUAUUCCAGUGAGAGGAGGUGUAUUAGAUUUGCGAUUGGGUACAACUUUGAAAGACGCAGUUUGUGAGACUUGUGGACAAAAAAUGCAAGAGUGUGCUGGGCAUUGGGGGUAUGUCAAGCUCGUUUUGCCCAUCUUUCACGUAGGCUAUUUUCGACCUGUCAUCAAUAUUCUGCAAGAAAUUUGCAAGUCAUGUAGUAGAGUUAUGUUGGAAGAAGCAGAUCGACGUAUGUAUCUGAGAAGAUUGAGAGCACCUGGCCUAGACAACUUGCAACGAAAUAGAGUGUUGAAGCAAAUCCAGGAAAAAUGUAAAAAAGUGACUUACUGUAUGCAUUGUAAUGCGGUCAAUGGUGUCGUCAAGAAAGUAGGACCACUCAAGAUCACGCACGACAAAUAUCGAUUGAAACGAGUAGCAGACGAAGCCGAACAGUUUCGAAAGUCGUUUGAGACCGCAGCUGCAUCUAUGCCUGAGCUUAAGCCUCAUUUGAGUAAAGCGCAAGAUGAUCUGAACCCACUGCGUGUGCUUCGACUCUUUCAGCGCAUUUCUCCCGAAGACUGCGAGUUAUUAGGAUUAAGUGAAGAGCAUGGACGACCCGAAUGGUACAUCUGGCAAUACCUUCCAGUGCCACCUUCAUGUAUUCGUCCCUCUGUCGUUCAAGAAGACAAUACGAGUAACGAAGAUGAUCUGACAGCCAAAUUGACCGAAAUCAUCUUUACAAACGCCAUCAUCAGAGCCGGCUUGGAACGAGGUGUGGCUGUAUCAACCUUGAUGGAGCAAUGGGAAUUCUUACAACUUGCAGCAGCCCUAUACAUCAACAGUGAACUUCCCGGUGUGCUCAAUGCUAACGCAGGCAAGCCUACACGUGGUCUUUGUCAACGUCUGAAGGGUAAGCAAGGUCGUUUCAGAGGUAACUUAUCCGGUAAGCGUGUCGACUUUUCUGGUCGUACCGUCAUUUCUCCCGAUCCCAAUAUGCGUAUCGAUCAGGUCGCCGUGCCUGAACGUGUGGCCAAAGUAUUGACUUUCCCUGAACGCGUGAAUCGACAUAAUAUCGACAAGCUUCGUCAAAAUAUUAUCAAUGGUCCAUUUGUGCAUCCAGGUGCCAACUUUGUCGAAAAGACCAAUGGAUUCAAACGAUUCUUAAAGUUUGGUAAUCGAGCGGAAAUUGCCGCUGAUCUACAGAUUGGUGAUAUUGUCGAACGUCACUUAUCAGAUAAUGAUGUUGUCUUGUUCAAUCGUCAGCCUUCGCUUCACAGAUUAUCCAUCAUGGCUCACUUUGCCAAGGUGAUGCCUUGGAGAACGUUCAGAUUCAACGAAUGUGUCUGUUCGCCUUAUAAUGCUGAUUUUGACGGUGAUGAAAUGAAUAUGCACUUGCCACAAACACAAGAAGCUAAGGCAGAGGCUAUGGAGUUGAUGGGUGUUAAAAACAAUCUUGUCACUCCUCGUAACGGCGAACCAUUGAUUGCGGCCACCCAAGAUUUCAUCACAGCAUCCUACUUGUUAUCACACAAAGAUACAUUUUAUACCCGUGGUGAAUUCGCACAAGUUUGUUCCAUGAUGGGUGACGCUGAACUCCAGGUCGACAUUCCUCCACCCGUCAUAUGGAAACCUCAACGCCUCUGGACGGGUAAGCAAGUGUUCAACGUCUUGUUCAGACCCAACAAAGAAAGUAAGGUAUUGUUGAACGUGGAAGCCAAGACCAAGUCGUUUGUAAAACAGGAAGGUCGAUUACCAGACAUGUGUCCUAACGAUGGCUGGCUCGUCGUUCGAAACAGUGAAAUCAUGUGCGGUCUGGUCGAUAAGGCGAUCGUAGGUGACGGUAACAAGAACUCGGUGUUCUAUGUCAUCUUGCGUGAUUAUGGACCGAUUGAAGCAGCUAAAUGUAUGAACCGACUAGCCAAGCUCUGUGCCCGAUGGUUGGCCAACCGAGGUUUCUCGAUUGGUAUCAGUGAUGUAACACCUGGUGAACGCUUGAGUCGUAUCAAGUAUAAUGAGGUCGAAACAGCCUAUGCCAAGUGUGACGAAGUCAUUGCUAAAUAUAACGCAGGUCAACUGGAAACCAUGCCAGGUUGUAACGAAGAACAAACUAUGGAAUCGAUCGUGUCUGGUAUCUUGUCUGCUGUUCGUGGUGACUUGGGUAAAGUGUGUAUGGAGGAAUUAAACAUGUAUAAUUCUCCUAGUAUCAUGGCUCGGUGUGGUUCAAAGGGUUCGCAGAUUAACGUGUCUCAAAUGGUUGCAUGUGUCGGUCAACAGAUUAUUAGUGGUACGCGUAUUCCUGAUGGUUUCCAAGACCGUUCAUUACCUCAUUUCUUGAAACACUCCAAAACACCACCAGCCAAGGGUUUCGUCCGCAACAGUUUCUACACUGGCCUUAGUCCAACCGAAUUCCUUUUCCACGCCAUCUCAGGUCGUGAAGGUCUGGUCGAUACAGCCGUCAAGACUGCUGAAACAGGUUAUAUGGCUCGUCGUCUGAUGAAGGCAUUUGAAGAUCUGACAACACACUACGACCUUUCCGUACGUAACUCUGAAGGUGCCAUGCUUCAGUUCUGCUAUGGUGCCGACGGUCUGGAUCCCAUGACGAUUGAAGGUGAUAGUGUCCCUGUCGAAUUUACUCGUAACUUGCGACAUGUCCAAGAAAUCACACCUCCUAACGGCGAAAAGGGCUUAUUGCCAUGGGAAAUCAACUAUAUCACACAACAGGAAGUGCAAUCUGAAUUAUGGCAAAAGAACUGUCUGGGCUCAUUUAUUGAUAUGGUUGUAAAGUUUGUGGACGAAAAGAUUGCGGGCAAACUGGCCAAGAUUCGAAAGACAUAUGGCUUACAACCAGGCUUGGCUAUGCCAGAUGAAGACUAUAUGGAUAUUGAUAUUGAUGAAGAUGAAGACGAGGCUGUCAAGCAAGUGGUGCGUAACCUCUUUGUCAUUACUGAACGACAGCUCCGUCAUUAUCUCAACGUAUGUGUAUCCAAGUACAUGAAGGCCAAGAUCGAGCCUGGUACGGCCGUAGGUGCAAUUGGUGCUCAAUCUAUUGGUGAACCUGGUACUCAAAUGACAUUAAAGACUUUCCACUUUGCUGGUGUUGCUAGUAUGAACAUUACACUUGGUGUACCUCGUAUCAAGGAAAUCAUUAACGCUGCCAAGGUGAUCUCUACACCUAUCAUCAAGUGUGAACUUCACGCAAACCAAGAUGUGAGAGCAGCUCGUGUAGUCAAGGGCCGUGUGGAAAAGACAACGUUGGGCGAUGUUGCUGUAUACAUGGAAGAAGUCUAUGAACCUAAUGAGACAUACAUCUUGAUCCGUAUUGACUUGGAUGCGAUUAAUCGACUUCAAUUGGAAACAAACCUUCACCAGAUUGCACAUGCUAUCAAGACAGCGCCUAAAUUGAAGAUGGGACAAUUGGACGUUCAAACAAGCAGACCAGAUAUUAUUCGUGUCUAUGUUCAUGCUAAGCAAGACGAAUCUGUUUAUUAUAGCUUAAAGACACUUAAGCGUGCACUGACAAGGGUUGUCAUCACCGGUCUACCUUCUGUUGUUCGUGCAGUUAUUAGUGAAAAGCAAGGAGGCAAGGGUGCCAAACAGUUACUAGUCGAAGGUUAUGGUUUACUUGAUGUGAUGACGACAGAUGGUAUUGUAGGUCAUUUGACAACAUCAAACCACGUUAUGGAAGUUGCUGAAGUACUGGGUAUUGAAGCUGCAAGAGCCACGAUUAUUAAUGAAAUUACAUCUACUAUGGAUGCUCACGGUAUGACUAUCGAUCAUCGACACGUAUUCUUGUUGGGUGAUAUCAUGACAAGUAAAGGUGAAGUCUUGGGUAUCACACGAUUUGGUAUCUCCAAGAUGAAGGACAGUGUCUUGAGUAUUGCAUCAUUCGAAAAGACAACAGACCAUCUAUUUGAAGCAGCUCUAUACAGUAAACGAGAUGAUGUUGUGGGUGUGUCCGAACAGAUUAUUAUGGGUAUGCCCAUGUCUAUUGGUACUGGUCUAUUCAGAUUAAUUCAAAAAUCACUCAAACCCAAGAUUCCCACAGCAAGGCCACUCCUAUUUGAUAUUUAAUACACGCUACUCAUGAAUGAUAAAUAAAAUGAUAAUUUCAGACAAC